AUGAAUCAUAAUCGAAAUGGAAAGAUUUUUGUCAAUUUUUUUAUUCUUACAAUAUUAUUUUAUUCAGCAAUAGCUGAAACAUAUAGUUUUUCAAAUAAUAACUUUGAUAAGAAUCUUCAUUGGCAUAAUACAAAUUAUAAAAAAUGUUCAAGCCAAUUUGGUAAUAAUUGUUAUGAUUAUAUCGUUGUUGGAGCUGGAACAGCUGGUAGUAUUCUAGCAAGAAAACUUUCUGAUAAUCCAAGAAAUAAAGUUUUAUUAAUUGAACAAGGUUAUUGGUUAUCAUUAAAUCCAGUCGUACAAAAUGCAUCACAAUGGCAUUUAGUAAGAUUAGAUCCACUUAUAGAACGUGGAUAUAUUUCAACAGCACAAGUUGGAUUUGGAAAUCGUAGCAUACCAGUACCAAGAGCACAAGGUACUGGUGGUUGCAAUAGUAUGAAUGCAAUGGUAUUUCUUCUUGGUAAUCGCAAAGAUUUUGAUGAACGUUGGGGAAAAAUUGAUGGUUGGUCAUGGAAUGAUUUAUCACCUUAUUGGGAUUCUAUUCAAGAAACAAUUUCACCUACACAAUUAGAUCCAAAACAUCCGAUUAUGCAUAAAUUAUUAAAAGGUGCAAUCGAAAUUGGUUAUAAAUACAAUCCAAAUCCAAAUAAUUUAAAUUCUAAACAAGGACAAGGCGGUGUAUCAGCAAGGAUACUUAUGGCUAAGCAAAUAUCAAAUAAUUAUGCAGAAAGAAGAAGUAGUUGGAAUGCAUAUAUUCAACCAAUAUUACCACGAAAAAAUCUUGAUAUUCUGGUAUUUACACAGGUUACAAAAAUAUUAUUUAAUAAAAAUUUACAAGCAAUUGGUAUAACAACAUAUAAUGUCGGUAAAAAAGAAUAUGUUCAUUUUUAUAGUCGAAAAGAAGUGAUUCUAUCUGCUGGAGUAUUUGAUACACCAAAAUUAUUAUUAUUAAGUGGUAUUGGUCCAUGUAAUGAAUUGAAUAAAUAUAAGAUCAAAUGUUUGGCUAAUGUACAAGGCGUUGGAAAGAAUUUACAAGAUCAUACUUUUAUAAAAAUUUGGUCUGCACCGUUACGUGAUCAAGAAACUCCAUUACCAACGAAUAUAUUUGGUAUGUGGGGUGCACUUGCUAUUGAAGAAAAUGGAGAAUAUUAUCAUGGUUUAGAUGUAGGAGAAAUAAAUGGUAAGAAAAUCAUCCAGAUAUAUGCUGAAACAUUUCAUUAUAAAUCUCGUGGAAGUAUUACAUUAUUAGAUAAGAAUCCAUUUUCAAAACCAGUUAUUGAUCCGAAUUUGUUAUCAAACUCUUAUGAUAUAAAUAAAACAUUACAUAGUAUUAAAAUUGCUCGAACAUUUUUAUCAACAAAAACAAUAAGUGAAUUAACAGAAGAUUUCAAUGAAAUCAAUACUCCUUUAUUUCAUACGAAUGAUGAGAAGAAACUACUUGAAUGGAUACAACAAAAUAUUAAAAGUGAUGCACAUCCGUCGAGUACAUGUACAAUGGGAAAUAGGUUUCAGGAUGAUAAAAUGAUUGUUGUAGAUCGACGAUUAAGAGUACGGCAUACAAAAAAGUUAAGAAUUGCUGACGCUUCAAUUAUUCCAAAUUUAAUAUCUGGUAAUCCAAAUCAAAUUACAAUGAUUAUUGGAUUGAAAGCAGCAGAUAUGAUUUUAGAAGAUAAUAGUUGA